AGAAAGGCAAGAACUGUCAAAAGGACAAUUUUGAUAGUUUCAAAAUUGUGCAAAUGAUUUAUUCGUUGUAUAUUACUGAAAUAAAUAAUGCUCUCUUUCCACUUUGUCUUUGAAAAAAUACAGAGUGGUGAGCAUCGCCUUAUCAGGCGGAACGAACCGAGGCGCUGUGCCUGAAGGGACCGCCUGUGGGAAGGGGCAGAGCUGUCGACAAGGCGAGUGUGUCCCGGUUGAUAUGGCGUCUUGUCCAAUGGGAAUCUCAAGGAAGAUCUGUUCAGGAAAUGGAGUUUGUGCUAUCACAGGAGAGUGUGUGUGCUUUUGUGGCUGGAGCAGACCCUCUUGCUCUGUGAGGAAUUCAACCCGGGAAGGGGUGAUCUGCAUUCCAAAAUCCGUAUUUGUUACAAGUGACGUCUCAAUGAAUCCCGAAGCUCCGCCCACUGAUAUCGAUGAUACCGGUGAUGAAGUCGAGGUUCGUGUCUUAACGAGUGCUAUCAUCGGUGGGUCCCUGGCUAUCAUCUUUGUUGUGGCAAUCAUCUUUGGGGCAACCUCAAUAGGAUUCAAGAGAGCAAGAAAGAACAACCAAGCUAGACGAAUGCAGCAGGUAAAACUUUUUUCAAUGUUCCAACCUACCGAAGGGCAAAAGAAGCGACUGGCAAAGUUCGGUGGGGGCAGGUCGCCGUAUAUAGCUGGCGAGCUAGAAGCCCCCUCAUCGUCAAUGGGCGCCCCAUCUAGUCACCCACCAGGCGACCGUCAUCAUCAUAAACCUAAACACCAUAAUCAUCACGGCGGGGGUCAACCAGGGGGUCGUAUGCAAGGCAAAAACAAAGGGCAGAAGAAAAUGCGAUUCCAGAUAGACAUGGACACUCAUAAACCGCACAAAGCUGGAGGCG